AUGGUGGUAUGCCUGAUCACCGAUGCCGAUGAGACGGCCAACAGGGAGGAGGUCAGAGACCUGGCAGUGCGGUGCUCGGGCAACAACCUCUUCCUCAACAACAUGGAGAAGGUUCUGAUCCGUCCCACCGCGUUCAAACCGGUGGUCCCGAUGAACCGCCACUCAGUGCAGUACCUCUCCCUGAGACCAGGGGGCAACCUCUCUGAGAGCCAAGGCACCCUCAACCUCCUCAUGCCCCUGUCUAUCAACGGGAAUAACGGAAAUACAGUGGUCAAUAACGUGAAUACCGUGUUCAAUAACGUGGUCAAUGGCACGGGGAGCUACGGGAACGUUGUACCUCUGGUCGGCUCGUCCUCUUCCUCAGAUAGCAAGAGGAACUCAUACAGCGGAGGACGCAACGCUCGCAGCAGCCAUUCCUGCUCCAUGUCAGACUCUGGCCGUAACUCCCUGUCCAGCCUGCCCACCCACAGCAGCCUGGCCAAUAGCGAGGCCUCCGGGUCGGGUUCAGGGUCUGUGGGGUCCGGGGUGGGCCCGGAGCCUGGGAGAACCACCACCACAAACGGGGGGUCGGGGAUCAACGGAGGUCACGCCCACUCUACCUCCCACGGUCACUCAAACUCGGACAGCGGGCGGUCGUCGUCCAGUAAGAGCACAGGGUCGCUGAGUGGGCGAGGCCAGCCCCUGUCGGACAGCGGGUCGUGUGGGCGCUCGCCCCCGACCCUGGAGGGUUACGAGGGGGUGGUUAGGGAGCUGGAGGAGAAGUUGAGGGAGAGAGACCUGGAGCUGCAGCAACUCAGAGAGAACCUGGACGAGAACGAGGCCGCCAUCUGUCAGGUAUACGAGAAGAAGCAGCUUCGCUGUGAGAGAGAGCUGGAAGAGCUGAGACAGAGCUGUUCCUCUAAGAUGAAACAGGCUUCACAGAAGGCCCAGAGAGUACAACAGGCCUUACAGCUACAGGUGUUCCAACUGCAGCAAGAGAAGAAGAAGCUUCAGGAGGACUUCUCCUCUCUGCUGCAGAACAGGGAAGAGCUGGAGAGGAGGUGUGCCUCUAUACAGAGAGAGCAGACCCAGCUGGGACCACGCCUAGAAGAGACCAAGUGGGAGGUGUGUCAGAAAUCAGGUGAGAUCUCCCUUUUGAAACAGCAACUGAAGGAGUGCCAGUCAGAGCUGAGCCAGAAGGGCGGGGAGCUGGUGGUCCUGAAGUCCCAGUUGAGAGA